CUUAUAUGAACUAUGAUACGUCAUAUCGGUUUAAGAGACUAUUAAAGCGACGUCCCCGUCCUCGGGUAUUCGAUCGCGUAAGAUGAUCUCCUUCCUCAGACACUCGGUUGUUGCUCUAAGAUCCUGUGUCGGUAUUGGGCCAUUGUGUUUCUGCAAGCGGGCACAACUACUGGUGACGUCACAAACAGUUUCCAGUUACCUGUGCAUAUUCAUGCAGCUCCCCGCGAACAAAAGACGUCUGGCAGAACACUCCAGUCACCAACCACCACCACAGGACUGGUGUUGACAAUAGACCGACUGCGGUAUGUUGUUUGUACGAGCAAUCAUGAGCAAUGGCUAAACCAGAUCUGAUCCCAAAGGGAAAUACCAGAAUAUAUAUUAACAUUACCUCGGGCUUCUAUUUAGUUUGUUAGAUGUAAAAUCUAACAUUACUUUGUAUUGGAGACUCCAGUUUCUUGGAUGUAAAAUCUAGCAUUACUUUAUAUUGGAGACUCCAGUUUCGUGGAUGUAAAAUCUAAGAUUACUUUGUACUGGAGAUUCCAGUUUCGUGGAUGUAACAUCUAACAUUACUUUGUACUGGAAAUUCCAGUUUCGUGGAUGUAACAUCUAACAUUCUUCUGUGUUCGAGACUCCAGUUUCAUGGAUGUAACAUCUAACAUUCUUCUUUACUUGAGACUCCAGUUUCGUGGAUGUAAAAUAUAACAUUACUUUGUACUAGAGACUCCAUUUUUUGUGGAUGUAAAAUCUAACAUUACUUUGUACUUUCCUCCUUGGAUGUAAAAUCCAAAAUAAGCUUGGACAUACCACCUUUUUUAAAUAUAAAAGUUUAUAUUAGUUUGGACUUGCUUCCAAUUACUUAAAUGUAAAAUCUACACAAUUUAGUUUUCAGUUAAUUUCAGCAGAUAUAGAAUAUAUCGCAAAAUGAGUAUUAGUACAAAUGUAUAUUCGGACGCAGAAUCAGCGUUUUGUGAUGGUGGUCUUUUUAACAAGGACUGGUUUCCUGAAAGAAGACAAUUUGAAGGGAUGGAGUUGCAAGAGUCAGCACCGAGUGAUUUGACGGAGCUAGGCGAUCUGUCAAAUGACAGGAUUCUAGAAGUGGUGAAGAAAAGAUACGAGAAGAACGAAAUAUAUACGAGCGGUGGCGGCCAUGAUAUUCUCUUGUCAGUGAACCCGUUCAAAGACCUGCCAAUAUACACAAACGAGUAUCACAAGAAGUACGGCUGGAAGACACUGACUUCUAAAGAUGAACCACACAUUUUCGCCAUCACUACAAAAGCUUAUAAACGACUGCGGGAGACAGAGAAAAAUCAAGUGGUGUUGGUCACUGGAGAGUCAGGAUCGGGAAAGACGGAGAACACGAAGCUGAUGGUGAAACACCUGAUAUCGAUGUGUGGCAGCAAUUCACCUGACUUGGCCAGAGAAAUCAUUGAGGUUAACCCCUUGCUGGAGGCGUUCGGAAACGCCAAGACUGUCCUCAACGACAACUCCAGCAGAUUCGCCAAGUACCUGGAGAUCGGCUUUGACGACAAGUUUCAAAUUACUGAUGCCACCAUCAGAGACUACAUGCUUGAGAAGUCGAGAGUGGUGUCGCAUUCAGAGGGCGAGGCAAAUUUCCACGUCUUUUACUCAUUUCUCGCUGGCCUGGACGAGAACGAAAAGAAAGACUUCAAACUGGAUUCAGCCAAUUUCAGAAUUGCACCUAAGCCAUAUCCCAAGAGGAAGGAAGAACUUGUCCGGGAUUUCAAACAGCAACUACAUGUCAUGCAGAUGAUAGGCUUGUCAGAAGAGGAAAUAGGCAACGUGAAGGCAAUACUGGCAUCCAUUCUACACAUUACCAACAUUACGUUCAACACGGCCAAGAACAAUGCAGUGGAAGUGAAAGAUGAAUUUCCCAUGAUUUACGCGGCGACGAUGUUAGAAAUAGACUUGCAACAAUUUGCAAAGUUUCUUGUCAUCAGGAAAAUAACCGUUAGUGGGGAGGUGAUAGACUGCCUUAACAGCAAGGAAAAGGCGGACGAGGUGAGGGACGCGGUGGCCAAGAUGUUGUACGAGCGACUGUUCGGCUGGCUUGUUCGGCAGAUCAACGUAGCUCUUCACAAACCAAACUCUCGGGCCAAUACUGCUGGUUCCAUUGGAAUUCUGGACAUCUGUGGGUUUGAGAGUUUACCGAACAAUGGGUUAGAGCAACUGUGUAUCAACAUCGUGAACGAAAAGUUCCAAAUGUUCAUGAACGACCAGAUGUUUCGCCGAGAGAAGGAAAUCUAUGAAAGUGAAGGUCUGGAGUGGGAGGCGCCGGAGUACACCAACAACCAGGAGAUUGUCGACAUGUUCUUCAAGCAGCGCACGGGAAUCUUGUCCUUGAUAGACGAAGACACUAAAUUCCAGCAGGCCACGGAUGAAACGCUCGUUCGCAAACUUGACGAUCGUUUUAGCGGAAGCGUUCACUAUCACAAGACAAAGGGAGCGCAUCCGGAGUUCUUCAUUCAUCACUUCGCUGGCUCGGUGAAGUACAACGCGGCGGGAUUCCUCGAGAAGAACGGCAAUGAACUGAGUCCUGAAAUGCUCAGGUGCCUCAAGAGCAGUAACAACGAAAUGGUCAGUGACCUGUUCACCGUGCGACCCACCAACACGGGUACAAUAUCCGGUACACCGUUUACGUAUAGGAUGUCUACGAGACAUCAGCCAGUCUGUCACAAACCACGGGGUAACAACAAAAUCACCGCCGGGCUGAUCCGAGAUACACUCAAGAUUCUAAAACAGAGGUACGGUGACGUCACGCCACAAAGCGGACCACCGGUGAUGGAGGUACAGAACCAAAAGACAGUUGUCACAUACUUCCAGAAUUCCAUGCAGGAAUUACUCACUAGAAUGGAGACCGCAGAAGCUCGAUUCGUGAGGUGCGUGAAGCCUAAUGAAAACCAGACACCUGACGAGUUUGACGAUGACAAGGUUCUUGAACAGCUGACGUACAACGGCAUUUCCGAGGUGGCACAGAUCCGAAGGCUCGGCUACCCGGUCAGAUUCCGAUACCAGGACUUCUUUGAGAGAUACUACCUGUUGUAUCCUGAGUGCAGAAAUAUACCAAAGAAAUCUGAGGCCGCUGAAGCCAUUUUGACAACUGUUGAUGCUGACCAAUCAUUGUACAAGCUGGGCAGAGAACAGGUAUUUCUCAAAGAAGAAAUCAACGAUAAGCUGUCGCUGAGACUUGUAACAGCUAAGGAAGUAGAAGAAGAAAGAUUGAAAGAAGAAAGAAGAAUAGAAGAAGAAAGAUUGAAAGAAGAAAGAAGAAUAGAAGAAGAAAGAUUGAAAGAAGAAAGAAGAAUACAAGAAGAAAGAAAACGAAAAGAAGAAGAAGAAAGGAAAACAAAAGCUGGGAUCUUGAAAAAGGAACUAAAGCCUUUCCUGGAUCCAAUAGUCGAAGUCCAAACGCCAGCAUCAAGUAUCAUUGUUAACAACAUAAACCCAAACUCACUUUUAUAUUCGAACCCGGAUUCUGCCUCGGCCUCGACUUUGGGCUCGAGCUCGGCCUCGGCCUCGGGCCAGAGCUCACAGAAAACCACAGAAACAAAACCUGACAUAGACAGCGGUGGUCAUGGGAACUCCCCACCUCUACCGUCAAGAAAUGACUCAGCGAAGAGCAAAGAAGAAGAAGUGGAAACAAAACAGAAGACAGCGUUCUGGGACAUCUUCCGUAUUGUUGAUCGAGAACUUCCGGUGAAAGACGUACACGAACAAAUGCCAAUGAAAGUGUUGAAACUGGUUUUCUACCUUUUCUUCUUUCUCGUAUUGCUCGUCGCCUGUGUGGGCCAGAAAGUCAGCCUCAUGGUGCUUCUGCCAAGUUUAGACGAUAAAAAUCAAGACAGUGCUAGAUACCUGCUAACUGUCGUCGUCGUGGUCGUACCGUAUGCACUGACGUCGUUCAUGGCAUUUUUCAAGUGGCUGUUUGGGGGCGUUGGCAUGCCGUCACUUUCAACAUUUUGUCUGGCAUUCGUCAUGGAAACACUUCAUUCGUUUGGAAUGUGUCUGCUAAUAUUCCGUAUUCUGCCCUUUGCCGACCAGUUUACCGGCAUUGCACUUAUUAGUUCUGUGGCCGCGCUGCCUUGUCUGUUGAGACUCAUCAGCUGUCACGACGUCAGACAGGAAUCGGAUCCUCAUCUCACCGCCAGAGGAAACAAAACCUGCUGUCUGAACAUGAGAACAUGCUGCAACUCGAAAUGCGGACGAGUGACGAAGACCUUACUGGACAUUGUCGUUCUCCUGGCCCAGCUAUCCGUCAUUCCAUCCAUCGUAAUGUGGGAUUUACUAAAGAAAGGUUCCGAAAGCAAAGAGACCAUACCAAUCCUGACCGUCACGGCAGCAUUUGUGUUUGUCUCUUUUGGAAACUGGGAAAACUUCACGGACGAUCGGUUCUUCUGCAAGAUCAAACCACGUGGCGUUGGCAGCUUCAUCCUGAAGGCUCGCUACGAGCUGCAGGAAGGACGGUCAGGUCUGUUCAUGCUGACCCACCUGUGGAAGAUCAUCCUGACCACCAUUCUGGCUUACUUCUUCCAGGACAAUCUCAGUUUCGAUCUGCCGUCCACCAUGAAGUCUCUCACCGACUCCGGGAACGACCUGCUUACCAUCGGGCCUGUGUUCGGUCUGGUAUUUUCAAGCCUCGUGGCCUACUAUAUAGGCUACAUCGCCUGCAAGCUACGGAUGCAGAACUUCUCCUUCUCCGUGCCACUGGUUCUGUCCACGCCUGUGGCCUACUGCGUGUUUGUUCUCAACAGCCAGUACAAUAUGCUGCGCUACAUCAUGACCGACAGCUCCUCGAAAUAUCCAGGUCUGAUGGAGAACUGGCACCACUUGGUGGGCGGGAUUGUCUGGUGGCUAUCUCUGCUCUGGCUUACACGUCAUAUCUGGUUUCCGCGACAAGAAAAUUUGGCUAAAUUUGAAAGAAUGUUCACCAACCCGAUGUACUGUGGGAUCCUGACGACGGAGAACCUGCUGCUGAACCGAAGACGAGACACACGGAAGGUUAUUAAGCGUCAACACGAGGACACCCACUUCAACAUCAUCGAGACGUACGAGCUCCACUGGAAAGAGAACAGAGUGGCAGACGGUGAGGCGGUGGAUUUCGCCGAGCCCGAAGCAUCCGAUCUCGACAUACAGGACGUACCCCGGAUAUACGCAUGCGCAACAAUGUGGCACGAAAAUCGAGUGGAGAUGGUUCAGCUGUUGAAGUCACUUCACAGACUGGACGCUGACCAGUGGAACAGGAAACAAGCUAUGAUGAUAUCAGGUGAAGAUGAUCCCAACUUCUACGAAUAUGAAGCACACAUCUUCUUUGAUGAUGCCAUGGAGAUCGACAAUGACGAUAAAUGUGUUGCUAAUAGUUACGUCAAAAUGCUGGUCAGUCUCGUGGCGGAAGCAUGCAGUUGUGUACACAACCGGCCAAUGGCUGUUCACAACCCGUACAAAGUGGUCACGCCCUACGGAGCACAGCUGGUUUGGCAGAUGCCAGGAGAGAACCUUCUGUACGUGCAUAUCAAGGACAAGAACAGAAUCAGACACAGAAAGAGAUGGUCUCAGGUGAUGUAUAUGUACUAUCUACUGGGUUACCGACUCACCAAGGAAUCGGAAGAUGAAUUGAUCAUUGCCAUCGAGAACAACCUGCUCAAUACGAAAAGCCGGCUGGCCAUCUUUGAACAUCUCAGUGACGACGUCGUGCGGAAGUCUGAAAAUACGUUCAUCCUUGCUCUGGAUGGUGACACAGAUUUCAUGCCUGGGGCAGUGCGCCUUCUGGUGGACAGAAUGAGGAAAGGUCAAAGGGUCGGAGCUGCUUGUGGACGAAUCCACCCAAUUGGUUCAGGUCCACUAGUGUGGUACCAGAAAUUUGAGUACGCGAUUGGACAUUGGUUGCAGAAAUCCACUGAGCACGUGCUGGGGUGUGUACUGUGCAGUCCCGGCUGUUUCUCCCUGUUUCGCGGCUCGGCGCUCAUGGAUGACAAUAUCAUCAGGAAGUACACCAUCUUGCCCACCGAGCCAGGACACUUCCUCCAGUAUGAACAAGGCGAGGACCGCUGGCUGUGCACGCUGCUGUUGCAGCAAGGCUACAGGGUGGACUAUGUCGCCGGUGCAGAUGCAUUCACGUACGCCCCUGAAGGCUUCAACGAAUUCUUCAAUCAGCGAAGACGCUGGAUGCCCUCCACGCUAGCAAACAUCAUGGACUUGUUGACCAGCGCCAACCUGACCGUGAGCGUGAACCCCAACAUCAGCAUGCUGUAUAUCUGGUACCAAAUGGCCAUCAUGUUCGGCACUGUCCUCGGACCAGGCACAGUGACGUUGAUGAUCGCCGGGUCUAUCCAGAAGGUCUUCGAACUCGACCUUAUCGUGUGCUACGUCAUAGCCAUAGUGCCACCUGCAGUCUAUAUUGUAGCCUGCUACCACCUGAAGCCGAAAUACCAGCUGAUAUUUGCUGCUAUACUCAGUACGGCGUAUGCGUUCCUGAUGAUGGUCGUGCUAGUGGGAACGUUCGUAACGGCUGCUGAAAGCCCCUUUCAUCCCAGUGUGAUUUUCUUCGUUGGACUGAUUGCCAUCUUCCUCUUCACCGGCCUGUUGCACAUUAAGGAACUUGGUUGCUUGGCACACGGUCUGCUGUACAUGAUCACCCUGCCUGCUGGAUACUUAGUCCUCGUGAUCUAUUCCAUGUGCAAUCUGUUCAACGUGUCGUGGGGAACGCGGGAGGCUCCGAAGAGGAAGACACAAGCCGAGUUGGAACAGGAGAAAAUUGAAAAAGAGAAACCGAAAGAUGGAUUUCUGGCCAAACUGUUUCUUCGAUCGUCUUACCUGAAGGAACUGAAAGAUCUCCUACAAAGUCUUGGAAACAUUUCGCUAAGAAAGGAAGACAAGUCGGAAAGCCAAAUCGUAGAGGGUUUGAAAGAACUAAACAAAAACUUUAUUCGUUAUGCCACUCGUGGAAACGAGCCACUAGCAGAAAGCGGUCCUGAAGAGAUAGUUGUUGAUAGUGUGGAACCAAAACAAGAAGAAAAGAUGUCACCACCACUACCAGUAGUAGAACCACCACCACCACCACCAAAAAAUCAGUUGAACUGCCACCACAAGCAGCAUCAACGGACGAGUGGUUGCAUGAUCCAGAUCUUGGAAAUGGUCCACUGUUAACAAUAAAUGAAGAGGAGGGUGUGUUUUGGAAAAUAUUCAUAGAAAAAUAUCUUAAACCUCUUGAAAAAGAUGAACAAAAAGAAAAGGAGAUAAAGGCGGGCUUACUAGACCUUCGCGACAACUACGUUUUCAUGUUUGUGAUGACAAAUCUCUUGUGGAUUGCGCUGAACUUCAUGUUCCAACUAAAACAGCCAGUUGUGAUACCGUUUUUGGGAGAAAGAGUCGAACUUUUGGGCCUGUGCUUCGUAUUUUUCUUCUUGAUCAUUCUACUAAUCCAGUUCUUCGGAAUGCUCAUUCACCGAUGGGGGACUCUUCAGCACAUGAUUUCUGUCACAGACGUGACAUUCUACAGAAAGCAAACUGGGUUCCUGUCGGAUACUGUCAACCUGGAGAAUGCGCUGCAUUUCUGUCAGACAUUUAACCACGAACCAAUUCCAGACUAUUUGGAUGAGGAGGAUGAGGCUAAAAACACACCAGCAGUACUGCAAACCGCUCUAAUUGAGGGGAAGUCUGUUCACAUCAAACCAGAGCUUGGGAGAUCUGUUAGGGAAACUGUCUUAGCUAAGGGUCGCUCGUUAUCCAAAAGCGAAGCUGCCAGACCGUUCAUGGCUAGCUUGAAAGAGGGGAUACCUCUCUUUCUGAAAGGAUCAGUACUAGAUAGAGAAAAUAGUACGGUCGAAGGCACAGCUGUUUCUUUUGUUCGAAAUCUACGACAGUCGAUGACAGCUGGCCAUAUCAAACGAGCUGACACUAAACGACUUCCAUCUUGUUUGAGACGCAGACACCUCCGUGAUACAACCAAUCACGUCAUCAACCGUGCGAAAGAUAAGGUUCGUUUCAGUUUAGAAAAUGUCGAGGAAGAUGAAGACAAUAUUUACCAGAGUAUCGAUGGAUUCGGACAGGGGACAAUGGGAAGAAGUUUCGCAAGGAGAAUGCAAUAUUUUAAGAAAUCGUUGCCUGCGCGGGCGAACGGGCACGUGGACAUACUUGAAGUGUGAAAUAAUAGACAACGUGAUAGAGCUGCUGUAUCAGUGUGUGAUAACUCAGAUACAUUACAGUAGAAUGCAGACACCAAAACGUCCAGAGUAAAUAAGAACUGUUUGUAUCUGCAGAUUCAGUAGUUGCUUCUGACUUACUUAUUUAACAUGCUUAUCAGUUCAAAGGUUGGUGUUAUACAUACAUACAUACAUACGAACAUACGAACAUACAUAAUUUAAUUAUCCCCUGUACCAGUGCGUUAAUAUUUAUGUAUGUAACAAUCAACCUCGACAUACAUACAAUAUAUAGAUAUUCAUACAUCAAUACAUACAUAUAUGCAGAGAAUAACUAGUUAAUGACGUCGGAUAUCUGCAUUAUUCUGUGAAGCUAAAAACGGAAACUUCCGCGAGGCUCUGCAGAGCAGAAUUUUUCAUUCGCCCUGAACGAUAUAAAGUAGAUAUCCGAUGUCAUUAACUAGUUAUUAUUAUUAUCCUACAGACCAUAAAAUUAAAGGGAAAAACUAUUAUUUGUUAAUUCAGCCACAUUGUACGAUGACCUAGAUGUCAAAUGAGCGAUUUUGUAAUGUAGCUCUAUGCGUGUGAUGUGACAUGAGUGACGUGAAACGUCAUAUCCUGCUACUAUACCCGUCAUCAUACUGGGUCAACAGAAACGGUGGUUGCAGGAUAAACAAACAUACAUACAUACAUACAUACAUACAUACAUAC